AUGGCGGCCCCGAACAGAAGCCACUACCAAUCCACCCCCCAAGUCGACCUCGAGAACAACGACGAGGAUAUCCACGAUUUGAUCGAUCCCGAUGAUGCGGACCUCAACUCCUUCGACGACCCCCUAGCCCCCUCUUCCUCUACAUCCCGACCCCUCCCCCAAGGCAGCAUCACCUCCGCCUCCCAAACCGCCACAGCCCUCUCCUCCCGCUGGGGUUUAUCAGGUGAAGACCGCGCCGCACCCCUAAACACAAUCGACGAGCCCGUCUCCGCCACCCUCCUUAGGGAUCUCUCCGCCAUCUGGUCCAAGCUGAAAGAAGUCCUGUACCCAAAGUACCUCUUUGGCGGGUCCAUGUCCUCGAUUUCGGACGUCAGAAACUUGCGGUUGGCCCAGGCAAGGGAGGAAAUUGUUGGUUUAGCGUCAAGGGCGAUGGACGCGGAUAGCUUGCUGAGCAACAACCACAUGAGCAGCGGGUUGAGGGAUUGGGAUUUGUGGGGGCCGUUGGUGUUUUGUCUUUUGCUGUCGACGCUGCUGAGCUUGAAGAGUAGGGAGCAGCAGAGGGAGGUGGUGUUUAGUGGGGUUUUCGCUAUGGUUUGGGUUGGGAUGGGGGUUGUUACGGUCCAGAUAAGGUUGUUGGGGGGGAAUAUAUCUUUUGCGCAGAGUGUCUGUAUCAUUGGGUAUACCCUCUUUCCGCUCGUCAUUGCCGCGUUGCUGUCGGCUGUGAGUCUGAUUUGGAUUGCGAGGAUUCCGGUUUAUUUGGUGUUGGUUGGGUGGAGUUUGGCGGCGGGGGUGAGUAUUCUGGGGGGUAGCGGGGUGGUGAAGAAUCGGGUUGGGUUGGCGGUGUAUCCGUUGGCGGUGUUUUAUUUGGGGUUGGGGUGUUUGUGUUUUAUCUCUUGAAGAAGAGAAAUGGUGUGGUAUGGGGAGGGAGUUAAAGGGGGAGGGAAGAGGAGAGGUGUAUUGAUAGGUGGGGACUUAUUCAACUACAGCAGUCAGUGUAUCCGUUUCGGAGCUUUUGGUUCCUACGAGUUAGUUAGGUAGGCAGGUAGGCAGGCGUUUGAAGGGGGAUCAUGGGAAAAUAUUGAGAUUCUACUUUUAUAUGUGCUUUGUUGAGCGUCACGCUGUGGGGGUGGUUAGCCGGAUCUAAGUAGUG